AUGGCCUCACCACCGCCUCCCACUGCGGGCUCCCCCCUAGCCAUGUCCAUGUCCCCCCCGAACCCGACGCCGGCCCAGCUUCCGGGCAAGAAGCGUUCGUCGACGCUGGACAUACACUCAGCCCCGUCGAAGCGCCGCAAGCCGUCCCAGAGCACCAGCAAUGCGCCUUCCCAGUCCCACCCUCUUCGCCAGACGUCGUUCCCGCCCGAGGCCCAGUCCCCCGGCGUGCGCUCCCCCUCGGUCGACACGAUGUCCCACGUCAGCGGGAGCCAGGUCAGCGGGCUGACGGCCGCCGGCGCCAGGAAGAAGAAGAGGGGGCGCAAGGCCAAGAAUGCCGCCGGUGGCGGGUCCGGCAACGCCAACGGCGAUGACGCCGAGGCCACGUCCAGCCUUGUCGGCGGCAAGGCGUCCACGUCUGUCGCCGGGGGUGCGGGCGAUAAGGACGGCGCUGCCGCCGGCGAGGACGACGACGAGGACGAUAAUCAGGAGAUGGCGUUGGAGGACGUCGUCGCGCGCACCCAGGAGCAGAAGCAGGAGGAGGUUCGCCUCCGGGCCAUGCUCGUCGAGGCCUUCGACUCGGAGCAGUACAGCCGCUACGAGCACUGGCGUGCUGCCAAGUUAUCUGACGCUGUUGUCAAGAGGGUCGUAAAUGCUACCGUCUCCCAGUCAGUCCCCCAGAUGGUAAGCACCGCCGUCAAGGCCGUCGCCAAGCUCUUUGCCGGAGAAAUCAUCGAAGCCUCGCGCCAAGUACAGCUGGAGCUCAUCCGGGCUGGAGAGGACCAGUCCGAGCUGCCAGACCCCAACCGCCCUCGCCCUCAUUAUGACCCCAGGAGAGGACCCCUGCGACCAGAGCAUCUGCGCGAGGCCUGGCGACGAUACAGGCUCUCCGGCGAGAGUCGUGGGGUAGGCGUGCAGCAGAUGUGGCAUGCCCAGGCGCGGAAUGGCGUCGACCGCUUCUCUACCAGGACAGGGAAGAGACUUUUCAAGUGA